AUGAAACUGUCUGCUGCAACAGAAUUUCCCGACAUGAUGAUGAGAUCUAUAGUAGUUUUAAUAUUCAUUGCCUUUUUGGCAAUUACAUCUGCUGUCAAGAUUAAGAUUGAUGGCACACAUCAACCAAAGAAUGGAGGUGUUACUGCAGCCACCGCUUUUCAAAUUGGUACUGGUAUCUAUGAUAUCACAGGUCCCGCCGCUGAAACUGGUAUGAUGGGCUAUGCUAUGCCAGGUCAAGUUACUGGUGGAAUUCAUUUCCGUUUACGUGCACGUGCUUUUGUAUUCAUUGAUGCCAAUGGAAACAGAGCUGUUUAUGUUAGUACCGAUUCUUGCAUGAUUUUCCAAGCAGUAAAAUUAGAAGUAAUUCAAUUAUUACAAGCACAAUUUGGAGAAGAUAUGUAUAGUGCUGAUAAUGUAUUGUUGAGUGGAACACAUACACAUUCUGGACCGGGAGGAUACUCGAUGUAUGCGUUGUACGGUAUUACGACGUUGGGUUUCUACAAGGAACACUUUAAUGCUAUUUGCAAUGGUAUUGUACAGGCUAUUGUACAGGCACAUAAUAGUGUGCAACCAGCCAACAUGUUUGCUCAACAGGAUGAGUUGUGGAACACCAAUAUCAAUCGUUCGCCAACCGCCUAUCUCAACAAUCCAGCAUCGGAACGUGCACAGUACGACGCCGACGUCGACAAGAACAUCACUGUCAUUCGUUUCGAGGAUCAGUCGGGUAAUCCAUUUGCCGCACUCUCUUUCUUUGCCGUGCAUUGCACGUCGAUGAACAACACCAACCAUUUGAUCAGUGGAGACAACAAGGGUUAUGCAUCGUACAUUUGGGAAAAGUCGGUCAAUGGUAACUCGACCCUGCCAGGCAAGGGUCCAUUCAUUGCCGCCUUUGGCCAGUCCAACGAAGGUGACGUGUCGCCAAAUACAAUGGGUGCCAAGUGUCCAGACGGCACACCAUGCGACGCACCAGACUCUACUUGCAACGGCAAAAAUGAAGGAUGUAUUGCCCACGGUCCCGGAAAGAACAUGUUUGAGUCGACUCAAAUCAUCGGUACCAACCAAUACGAAAAGGCAUCGGCUAUGUUUGAGACGGCCAGUAUCCCCAUCACAGGUGCCGUCCAGUACCGUCACACCUACCUCCCCAUGACCAAUGUCACUGUCAACCCCCCAUUCUCGUCGAGCAACACCUCAGCCACCACCUGUCGUGCUGCCAUGGGCUACUCUUUUGCCGCCGGUACCACUGACGGACCGGGUGCAUUCGACUUUACCCAAGGUGACAACAACACCAACGGCAACCCAUUCUGGAACUUUAUCUCGCGUUUCAUCGCCGUCCCCACCGAAGAGCAAAAGCAGUGUCAGUCGCCCAAACCCAUCCUCAUCGACGUCGGCAUGACCCAGCCAUUGCCAUGGACACCCGAUGUCAUCCCCAUCCAAAUCGUCGCCAUUGGCAACCUCAUCCUCUGCGCCGUGCCAGGCGAGUUCACCACCAUGUCUGGCCGUCGUCUGCGUAACGCUGUCCGUGACACGAUCGCCGCCGGCAUUGAAAACCCAAUCGUCUUGGUCGCCGGUCUCGCCAACACCUAUUCCGGCUACAUUGCCACUUUCGAAGAGUUUGAAGUCCAACGUUAUGAAGGUGCAUCCACCAUCUUUGGCCCACACACCCUCGGUGCCUAUAUCCAAGGCUUUGUCGAAAUGGCCCAAUCCAUCGUUGACAAGACCGAGUUCCCCGCCGGUCCAACUCCACGUAACAUGACCGGUCACACAUUCUUUUUGUUGCCACCCGUCGUCUAUGACGAAGCUCCAGGCAGCAAGUUUGGUGCCGUCUACAGAGACGUCCAAUCGUCCUACUCGAUCGGUGAAGUUGUCUCUGUCAUCUUUUACGGUGGCAACCCACGUAACAACUACAUGACCGAAAGCACCUUCCUCACAGUCGACCUUAAAAACUCGGACGGCUCAUGGACCACCAUCCUCGUCGAUGGUGACUGGGACACUAGAAUGUACUGGAACAUGCACGACCUCGCCCAAUCACUCUUUACCAUCGAGUGGAAUGUCGAAGCCAACUAUCUACCAGGUACCUACCGUAUCACCCAUUCUGGUUAUGCCAAGGAAUCUGUAUUCUCUGAUAAAUUAACUCCAUACUCUGGUCAAUCAAGUGAAUUUACCAUUACUGCUUAA